GACUGCUCCGAGAUCGACAAAUAGAUCUACUCCUCCAUCGAUGUCUCCGCCGUAUCUUUCUCGCUCCGAUCAUCUCUAUACCUGCAUAUCUCUCUAUGUCUAGUCAUGGCGCUUUUUUGAGCUGUAAUUUCUGGUAUGAUAUUCAAGUCCAGCACGGUUGUCGGAGCGCAAUCUAUGUCGUUAUGGUGGCAAAGUGUCGAUCCGACUCCAAAAGAUCCGAUCCUCGGCAUCACUCAAGCUUUCCUCGUAGAUCUUAGCCCCAACAAAGUCAAUGUCGGAGUUGGAGCUUACCGUGACGAUAAUGGAAAGCCGGUAGUGCUCGAGUGUGUCCGGGAAGCAGAACGGAGAAUCGCUGGUGGUUUUAACAUGGAAUAUCUUCAAAUUGGAGGAAGCGUUAACAUGAUUGAGGAAUCUCUGAAUAUGGACUAUAAGGAAAAUUAUGAUUUGAUAAAAGACAAGCAUAUUGGAGCCAUUCAAUCUCUAUCUAGGAUGGAUGCAUGCCGAAAUUUUACAAACUUCCAAAAGCAUUUUUGUCCUGAUUCACAAAUUUUAAUUCAUGUCCCCACUUGGUCAAAUCAUCAUAGCAUUUGGAGAGGUGCUCAUAAUCCUACUGGAGUAGACCCUACAGAGGAACAAUGGAAGGAGAUCUCUCACCAGCUUAAGGUCAAGGGACAUUUUGCCUUCUUUGAUACGGCAUAUCAAGGAUUUGCCAGUGGAAACACAAAGAAGGAUGCCAGAGCUAUCCAGAUAUUCAUUGAGGAUGGUCAUCAAGUUGGAUGUUCCCAGUCAUAUGCCAAAAAUAUGGGACUGUAUGGCCAGAGAGUUGGGUGUCUGAGUAUGGUCAGACAAGAAUUUUUUGGUGUCUUGCAGUAUGUUGAUUCACAGUCAACUCCAUCUACUAUGAAUUAAUUCCUGCUCGUUAAUCCUUUCCUUAACAAUUUUCAAGCUUAGUUCAUGGAGCAGAUCCAUGAAGAGUAUGAACACAGUGCUCAUUAAUCCUCCCUUUUUUUUUCAAAGCAGUAGUUGG